CUCGAGAAGUUUGUACUAUUUGUGGCAAAUUUUUUUCUGUUCUGUCGAUUUUUAAACUGAAUUCGUUCAUGAACCGUUUUCCGAGACACUUCGCUCCUGGAGCCACCAGGGGUUUUGCUUUGCAGAGUGGAAAGGAACCCCAUCUGCAAAACCUGAAAAUCGAAGGGGUUAACGAUAUCAUAGCAGUUGCUUCUGGCAAGGGUGGCGUUGGAAAAUCCACUACCGCUGUGAAUUUGGCGGUUUCAAUCGCCAAGAAGUGUCAGCUUAAAAUUGGGCUGCUGGAUGCUGAUGUAUAUGGACCAUCAAUUCCUAUAAUGAUGAAACUGCAUGGAAAGCCUGAAGUGAGUGCAGGUGGUUGUUUAAUUGCCUUGCAAUCCUAUGAUCCCACCCCAUAUUUUCAAUUUUAGACUAUUUGACUAUGUGUAUCAGUCUUAUAAAGCUAUAUGUGUUCAAAGAGGUAACAAUGGAACUAAAACUCGAGAAAUUUGUUGUACAAUUACAUCUCAAGUAAUAUCCACAAGUAUGUAGGAGUAUUUUCGUGUAACUGAAAUAUGCAGCAAAUGAAGUCCAUUGGUUUAGCUAAUCCAUUGGAUCAUGAAUUUAAAUAUUUUGAACUUUUCUGGGAUACUCGAAACAUAAAUUCCAUCAAUAUCCCCGUUUAUCUGCAUAUUUUACCUUUUCACUUUACACAGUGUGAUUCAGUUUAAUCUUUUUCUUCGCGCAUG